UUGUUCAAAUCACUAUAUAAUCACAUGUAGAUUCGCAAGGGCAAUAAAGAGAACACUGUGUGACUGUUCUUCACUCGGAUCGGUUCGAUCCGAAACGUAAUGAGACGCAUCAUCAUCAUCAUCAACAUUUUGUGCUUAUAAUUUGUGAAAAUAAAAAAUUCUGAUAAAAAAAAAAAAUGUCGAGGAAGUUGAUUCCCAGUUUUCAGACACGAUUUGGGAAGUAUUGACGAGGAUGUUGAACGUCAAAGAUUCUGGACCAAGAAAAGAUGACUCCCAAUCUUUUUUCUAUUUCGUCAGAUGUAUAUUCUUUUUGGCUCAUUCCUCUCUUUUUUAAUUAUAUUUAUCAUUUUAAAUUCAAAGGCAAAAGGAAGCAAUUUUUUUCAUGUUUAUUUUGUUUAUACAUAUAUCAAAGAAAAAGAAAGAUGGAAAAUACCUCAACCGAGAGAGAUUGUGCGAUGGAGAAUUUUAUGCAACUCAGAAGGGAAAUCAAAAAUGCCAAGCAGUAAAACUAGAAUUGCAAUUAUCGGCGGUGGAGUUGCCGGAUUAAUUGUUGCAAGACAUGUAAUUUCAAGACCUGAAAUUUACAGCGUUUGUCUUUUUGAGCAAACGAAUAACAUUGGUGGCACUUGGGUUUACACUGAUGAAACAGAAUUUGACGAAAAUGGACUACCUGUUCAUAGCAGUAUGUACAAAAAUCUCAGAACGAAUUUGCCAAAAGAAAUUAUGCAGAUUCCUGAUUUUCCAUUCAAGGAUACUGAGGGAUCUUCUUUCGUUCAUCACAGCGUUAUUCGUCAAUAUCUUGUCGAUUAUGCUAAACAUUUUAAUUUACAUCCUCACAUUAAGCUUAAUACUUUGGUGAAUCACGUGGAACCUGAAAUCUUAUCGAGUGGACAAACAAUUUGGUUGGUGACAUUUACAGAUUUGCAAACGAAAAUAGUUAAGAGAAAAUUAUUUGAUGCUGUUAUUUUAUGCAAUGGUCAUUACACUGUGGGACAUUUUCCUCAAAUUCGAGGAAUCGAAACAUUUCCCGGUGGAAUUAUUCACAGUCAUCAAUAUCGAAAACCGGAAAAUUACACCGGUAGAAAAGUUUGUAUUUUGGGCGCUUCAUGGUCUGGAAUUGACAUCACUCUUGAAUUAUCGAAAUUUGCGGAAAAAAUUUAUCUGAGUCACAAUCUUCCAGAGCUUUUGGAUGCAAAAAUGUUUAAAAACGUGGAACAAGUGCCUGGAAUUAACUACAUUUGCGAAAAUACUUUUUUCUUUCACGAUGGUUCGUUCGCAGAGGUUGAUGAUUUUAUAUUUUGCACAGGAUACGAAUUUACGUACCCGUUUUUAUCAAAAAAAGUGGAACUUUGUACGAAAGACAAUCACGUAGAACCAAUUUACAAACAUCUUGUUCAUAUGAAAUUUACGAAUUUAUUUUUCAUGGGAUUACCAACAAUUGUCAUACCUUUUCCAAUGUUUCACAUUCAAGCUCAAUAUAUUUUAGGAAUUUUAGAAGGUCGUGUCAAAUUACCUAAUUCUGAAAAAAUGAAAGAGGAAUUCGAUAACGAGAAAAGAUCUUUAUUGGAAUCUGGAAUUCCUAUAAGACAUAUCAAUAGAUUAAUGGGUCGACAAUGGGAUUAUUAUGAUGAGUUAGCGGCUGCAGUUAAAAUUUCAAGUUUUCCACCGGUAAUUAAGAAAAUUUACUAUCACUCCAUUGAAACGCGUGAAUUGAAUUUUGCAAAUUACAAAAAUUAUCAAUAUCAUAUCGUCGAUCAAGAAAAUUUCACUGUAUGUUGUCGUAAAUCCUGUUAGUGUGUAAAAAAUAGAAAUAAAUGUUCAAUUGUUAAAAAUAUUUUAUACAUACAUAUAGAUAUAUAUAUAUAUAUUUUUUAAAUUUAUUAAUAUGAAACAGUAUUCACAAGAAUUAAGAAAAAGAAAAAAAGAAACGAUUAUUAGUGAUUUUAAAAUCACUGUUAAAAUAUUAUAAUGUUUUAAUUUUACAAAUUUUUUAAAAAUACAUAUUAUCAGAUUUUAUAAUUUUUACAAAUAAAGACUUUUUACUUAAAAUUUUUAACUAAUUCGUUUAAACUGUGUACUUCCAACCUACUUUUGUGUGUAAAUUUCAUUCUACUAUAAAAUUUUCGAAUUUCUAAUGCCUUCUUUCUGCCUUCUUUAUUAUUUGAGUUUCUGCUUAUCCGAGAUUUUACUGUAAAUCGGUAAUCAGGAAUCUAUAUUGUCGACUGAUGGUAAAACGAAAAUAUAAAAAUUUACCGAAUUGCAUUUUUCAUUAAUGAAUAUCGACUUGCAGAAAUGUACCUUGCCGACUGAUUUAAAAUGAAGAUAUACAAAAUUACCUACUUGAA